UUUAUUGGACGCAAAUACAAGAAGGCCAUCUACAGAGAAUUCACGGACGCCACAUUUACCAAACAGAAACCAAGAAAGAAAGAAGAAGAGCAUCUGGGUAUUAUGGGACCGAUGAUUAAGGCUGAAGUAGGAGAUACAAUUGAAGUUGCAUUUAAGAACUUGGCAACAAGACCGUACUCGGUACAUCCUCACGGAAUCUUGCACAGGUAUAUUUGGCUUUUGAUUCGUAUCCAUUCCUGCUCAUUGUGUACGUUAGGAGAAGUCAAUGAAGUUUACUCACAAAACAAACUAUGAAUGAAUGCUUUUUUCCUUACUUAACGUUUCUCUGUCGCUACAUGUUUAACGAGCCCCCAAGAUCAACCUUGAGAUUGAUUAUCAGUUAUUAUCAGAUUAUCAGUUACGAUGGAUUAUCAGGUAUGAUUAAUACGAUUGAUCAAUUUGGUUAAAUAUUCGGUACGACUUGAAAUCUUUAUUAUGGCCUACUUUUAAUUUAAUGAAAAUUAAGAAUUAUCCUUUUUUUACACAGGAUACAUAAUGUAACAUCUUAAUAGGUUUACUCCUUUGCUAAUCUGGUCACAAUUGUUGCUGUGGUACAGGAAAAAUAAACUGUCCAGCUUCCAAUUCCGAUCUAUGAUAAAAAGUACAUCAAUGACAUGAUUAAAGUUUAUGAAAUUUCCUCCGUUUUGUUAUCGAACGACGGCUAGACUGUUAAGCCAUAUUUCUUAACCACUCAGCAAGCAGGACGGAGGUUCAUCCUACAAAGAUAACACAACGGGGACAGAUACCGCAGACAAUGCUAUUGCUCCUGGGAAACUUUAUAACUACAUAUGGAAAGUGUCUGAACGAUCGGGGCCUGGGCCUGCGGACACGGCAUGUCUAACAUGGGCGUACUUUUCUGAUGUGGAUCCAGUCAAGGACACUAACACUGGUUUAGUAGGGCCGCUGAUCAUUUGUAGGAAGGUAGGUGUAAUACAGAAAGAUCCUUGUCCGCAAAUGAGCUGUUUUUGAUCGAGUGUAAAAAGACAUCCAGGAUUGUAUAGGGGCAAUUUUUUCAGUUAUGUGACUGUCACCCUCCUAGCCAACCCGAGAGGAAAAUUAAAACCAAGUAAAACUUGGUCACUCCGAAUCUCUCUCGAGCCAGCUUGCUUAGUCUAUUUCCCUGUUGUCAUUCGCUCCUUGCAAUUUUUUCCUUCGUUUUGAUCGACCGCUUUGAUUAUUUUGGCUUUAGCAAUAUCACUUUCACAUCAGUAUUGGUCUCUGGCGACGCAGAAAACAAAGCCCUAGUGGAUUUCGAAAAACGAAUAGCACCGUUUAAGCCUGUUUCUUUCGAGAAUAUCUGUUGUGGAAAGUAAAACUUAAAAAGUAGUGGUCGCCUUGUAGACCAGCUGGGCUCAGUUGUUAGAAGGCCAAUUAGAGCUAACCCAAAGUAAAAUUUCAAUCUGGGUUUCUUUAUUCCUUUAUUAAAAAGCCUUUUUGGGAUGAUUUUCUGUAUUCUUUCAAGAGUAUCCAAUAGCAAUAUCCUAGACAAAAAGAAUUCGACUAAAUUUUCUUCUAAAGCUUUCAGAUCUGAAAUCAGAUCUCACACUAACCCUGAGUUAUCUCAGCCCGCUUUGAAAAACCCGGCUCAGGUCUAUCCACUGGGACCAGCUUCGAAAUUCCGCAAUUUUUUUUAUCGGCUAAUGUGAUAUUUUCACUGAUACGGCAAAAUUUUAUAAAUCCAUACGUAUUAGGUCUAUUCGAAGAAUUGCAUUGUCAAUGGCCUCAGCAGUUCCAUUCAAUUUUACAAGGGUUGUGCAGUCUAUUAAAUCUUCUCUCACCGUUUUUACAGGGAAUUUUGGAUAGAGAUAGUCAAAGAAUUGACGUUGACCGUGAGUUUUCACUGAUGUUUGUUACGAUGGACGAGAACAACAACUGGUACAUAGAUGAAAAUAUUGAAUAUCUGACUGAAGAUCCAGGACCCUUAAACGAACUCAAAGCGAGUUUUGAUUUUUGGGAAAGCAACCUAAAGGCGGCCAUAAACGGGUACGUGUUUGGAAACAUGCCACCACUAACAAUGUACACCGGAGAGAAAGUUGUCUGGUACUUGCUUCAAGUUGGAGGCAUGACCGAAAUGCAUACAGUACAUUUUCAAGGCCAGAGCAUUUUGUAUGUAAGUAUAAAAAUAAUAAUAGGUGGAUUCUGUCUAUUUCCGGGUGCCAAAUGAUACGUUGUACACACCGGAGUUGAUUUUGGCGUCUCUUUAUGAUGGGCGGUGGGUUAGAGCAGAAGAGACCGAACGUCACGUCACGAUAGAAUGCACCAAGAGGCUCUCAAUGAGGUGAUAGAUUUUACGGCGAAAGAUUAAAAUUUUGGCCAGUUUAUGGCUACGUUUAACCCAAACUGACACAGAAUGAUACUUUGUAGAAACGAAAAAUUUUAGAUUUUUUUUUACGACAAAAGGUAAAAAUUUGUCAAACGUUGUUAAACGAACGUUUUGCAGCUAUCGGUUAGUCCAAUUGAAACCCUGCACCAAUACCUUGCACAUCCAAAAGCGAACAUUCGAAGACCCCUUCUCUUCGACAACCACUUCCCUUCUUCGGUUAGUCAUCUUUUCGUCUUUGUUUUGUUUUUUUCCCGGUGGACAGUCUAUACGCCCACCUCUACUCAAGAGGAAUGGCCAAACUUAAUGCACGUUCAAACAGCCUAAAAUAACUUCUUUACAACACCCAGUUCAUCGCUUACUAACGUACGCAGAAGGAAAAUACAGACGUGACAGCUUGCUAAAACUGUCGACCACAAACGGUAUCCUUUCCCCGAAAAAUCUAGAAUCACUGAUUUGUUUUAAAUUCUUAGCGUUAAAGUUGUCCAAUUAAUUCACUAGUUUUGCUUUGUUGACAACUUUCUUCUUAACUUCCAUUUCAGAAUUCUUUGCUCUGAUUCAAUUGAUUACAUAUAAUCAUAUAGAUAAUUAUCAUUAAUCAUAUAUUACAUAUUACAUAUUACAUACAUAUUAUCAUUAAUCAUAUAGAUAAUAAUAUAAUAUAGAUCGUUUGUAUACGUUUAAGGAAACAUUUUCCGUUAAACAACGAUGUUCUGACCGUCGAAAUGACAAGAGCCCCAUCACAACUCCACCUCCAUAAAUUUCACCUUUAUACAACAAUCCCAUCUCUCAGGAACAACGGUGGCCGUUGUGAAGAGAUUUGAUUAUAUAUGCCAAUACGAAAGUGUUAACCGGAAAAUCAUAUUUCAUUGCACGUAUUUUGCAGAAAUCGCUAAGUUAUCAUCGGGGCGACGUCUACGACCUGCUACCGGAAACGUUUGCCACUGUUGAAAUGAUUCCUGACGCUGUUGGAACUUGGAUGGUACACUGUCAUGUGAAUGUUCACAUAACUGGUGGAAUGCAGGCACUCUUUACUGUCUUAGAACCAACAAGUGAG